AUGCAGAUUUCCGUGGUUUCCGGCACGUCCGUGCGUCUCUUCGACCGAACCAUCGGGCAGGAUUCGUUCUUUGACGGAGCCUCCUCGAAGGUGUCACUCGUGGACACAGGCAGCUGUCUCCUAGUGAGCUGCCUUGGACCUGCCUCGGCCAAUCUUUCUUUCACUUCCGUCCACCUCCUUCCCGGGGACAGCGAGAACUUCUCUGUGGUGGGGCAGCUUGGCUUGGUGCAGCUGGAGUACUUUCGAGUACCAAAGUUUGUCGCCACGCUGCGGAAUGGGCUUCUAGAUGUCAGGUAUCCACAAGUAUCAGCUGCAAUGCUGGAUGUUGGAGGUGCCGCAGUCUCUCUUCGAAUUGGCAGGGAGAGCUCCGUGCGACUUCUCCUCACUCAAAGCUCAGAGCUGACGGCCGGCACAGCAAUCGAUAGCACAUGCUUGUCGGAUGUGGCCGGUGUGCCAACAUGGAAUGAGACCGCCGGGGACGUCUCUUUGGGAGAUGAUCCGAACCCCCCUGAGUUCAGGAUCCUUCGUGGAGCCGGUGGUCGCCUCGGAGCGCUCUUCGCGUCGCGGGGUGUCUUGCAGCAUGAGCGCAUGGCUGAAGUGAACACCCGGGACUCCAUGGGCACAGCAGGGUUCCAGGCAGAAAGCGACUUCACGGUCUGGGCAUCUCAGAGGGCCAAGGCGGGUGCUCAAGUUCUCCGGUUGCGCGUGGUAGCUCCGGGUUUUGACGACGACCUCGGCAGCAUUAGCGCAAAAUCGGAGUGGCUUUACUCUGCGUUCGGCAAUGUCUAUAUCUGGCAUCCGCUGAGUGCCUUCUACUUAACGACAUUGAGCAUCUUCACGCCAAUCGUGAGCCGGACUGAUGUGGUUCUCAAGUCGACGCAAUGUACGCCACGGGUUGCGCUGGUGUCGCCGGGCGAUUCUUGCAUGCCGGACUCCGCAAGGUACGGCAGCUACGGCACGGAUGCCCUUGGUGGCACUCACAUGGCGCUCGGGCAAGCGCUGCCCGAGGUCCUGAGCUUCAGCAACCGCACGGCCAGCAGGAUCUACCAGCUGCGCUCUGCAACGACGGUGGCUCCUUUCCUGCCGAGCAUCGCUGAUGCUGUCGUCUCAGAGUUCCAGUACAGCGGCCAGUCGGGAGUCAACAGCAUGAUGACCCUGAACUCUGUUGGUGACCGUGGGAACUUCAUGGAUUUUCGAAGCCAAGCUUUUGCGGCGAUUGCCGUCAUUGUGUGCCUGGUCUUGCCAUUUUUCAUCACGAUCCUGGGCUACAGGUUCUAUCAGACCGAAAAAGCCAAGAUCCUGGCCGCAGACGGUUGGCGCAUUUGGCCCAUCUUGUGGCAGGCGAAGCAGAAGGCCAUGGAAGAGGUGGCACACUUCGUGGCGGAAGCCGAAGCAGAGCCAACGGAGGCUUCAGAGGCCGGCCGAGCCCCGGAGCAGUUGGAGGCUGGAGCGCCAAAGAAACGGAAGGGGCCGCUUGGAAGCAUCGAAGCAUCCAAGCCGGAAGCGAUGCGAGAGAAUCUCUUGUCCAUUCUUGCAAAGUUUGCCUCGGAGAGCAUCACCUCCGUCGCAGACGGAGUGCAGGAGGUCGUGGACCAAGUUGUCGAUUUUGAGAUGUCCGAAGCAGAGAAGGAUCUCCACAGCCGAGCGGAAGGAUUACUUGGCAGGAGUGCCAAUCUCCUAACCUUCGUGGAGUGUGUCGUCUUCCGCCGCGUGGGCAGCUUGUCAUUCUACUCUGAUGGCCUCGUCUACGCUUCCCUGCUGGUGAUUCUCCACUUUGGCAUUCUGCAAGCCCUCAUGGUACCUGCAGCGGCCAUUUUCUUGGUGAACUCCUACAACAUCACGGACUAUCAAGGGGUCUACUUCCUUUCGUCGCUGUUGCUUGGGGAGUUGAACUCAAGCUAUCCACUCUCACAAGCAGGUUGGAUCAUCAUUCUCACGACAGAAGUCUUCAUGCUCUUUUACACAAUAGUGGAGUAUUUGUGCCGGCAUAUCGAUCAGGUCAUACUUACACAGACGCAGCUGGCAGCCGGACGCCUUUCAGUUCAUCGACGCCGACUGCUGAAUCUUCGGGCAAGCCGAUUGUUCCGUGACAACAUGUUUUUCCUGCUCCUGAUCUUCUUGCACAUUGGAAUAACGCUGGGAAUUGCAUUUUCACUCUACUUGCUGUUGGGUGCCUGCGUCACCCCCGAGACUGUGGCACCCGUCCUUAUCGGGCUGAUCGCCACGAUCUAUGUUGGAAGGCGCACGGCAGAGCUUGUGUUCUCCUCUUCGCGGAGUCUUCAAGCCCAGCUCAUGAACUCGGUAUCCGACAUGCAGUCAGACGCAUCUACAGUGGGGGAGGCCCUUGAGGAGACCUUGACCGAGCUUGGACUGAACGAUGCGCAAGUUUUACUCUUCUCGCUGGUAAUCACUGGCACCUUCGCCUGUGCGGUGGCCUUCGUCUUGCUGGGCAGCUCUCUUUUCAUUACUGCAGAUUCCAUCGCCCCCGCACUGAUCUCUGGGCUGGCGACGGUCACCGGGGCAUUGGCAGCCGCACGUGGGGGAGCUGGUGCUGAGGACACGCUCCUGAAGUUUGAGGCUCUGAAGAACUUCAAUGCCAAAGUGCAGGAGGUUCAGAAGUUCUCUCAGCAGGCUAACGACGCCGCCCAAGCGGCCAAAGAUGCGACAAAGCAGGCGGUGGAAGGUGCGGAGGCUGCCAAAACGACAGUCACCACACCGACAACGCCAAUCGCAGGACUCGGAUGGGGUGUUUUCAGCGAGCUGACAGCGAUCUCCAACAUGCGGAGAUGCACUGCCCACUUGCGUGAUCUGACGCUUCUCCGUGGCACGACAAGCGCCGUGCUCCUGAACAGCUUCGGCCACGUUAUGAAGUCAACGACGGGCGGCACAGGCACUGUUAGCGAAGGCGAGAAUGACUACGACAAAAGUUAUGUCGUCAGUGAGCUGGACAUUUUCUUAUCGCACAGUUGGCAUGCUUGCUGGUGGCAGAAGUACCUGACUCUGCUCUACUACUUCAAUGCCUUGCCGGCGACGAUUAGUGCCGUGGCAGCCGGAUUGAUGUGGUGCGCACUGCAGUAUCGCAUCGGAUGUGUUGGGGUGCUCAGCUGGCGGGGCUUCUUUCCGAGUUCGAUCUUGUUCUUCAUCGUGUUGUUCUCUUGGCAUCAUGUUCGAGCAUUGUUGGAAUCCUACAGAAUUUCCAUCUUCCUCGACAAGGUCUGUAUCCAUCAGAAAGACGAACAAAGGAAGACGCAAGGCAUCAAUGCCAUCGGUGGUAUUCUAAACAAGUCGCGGACAUUGCUGGUCGCAUGGGACAGAACCUAUUUUUCUAGGCUUUGGUGCAGCUUCGAGCUGGCCGCGUUCUACCACUCGAAGUUGUACGACUCGAAGGCAGCAGGAAAGGUUGUUCUAUUGCCAAUCAUCUUGGGAAAGGUGAUUUCGGAGAUUGCGGCCUGUACGUGGGCGUUGGAGUUGCUGCGCAUUCACAUGCCGUUCAAUGCCGGUUUGCGGUCUGCAGCGCUUCUGCUUGUAAGCUUGGCAUUUGCGACGCGGUUCUAUGAUUUUCUCAUCGAAAGCAACGGACUAAAGGCGGAGCUGGCCGAAUUCUCUGCGCAGAAUGCGCAAUGCUUUUGUUGUAGUAAUCGGCAUUUGAAUCCAAUUACAGGGGAAAAGUUGUCUUGUGACCGAGCGCUGGUCAAUGCAUCCAUCGCACAUUGGUAUGGUGACGAUGAUGUGACGGAGGGUUUAGCCACCUUCAACGAGUUGAUCCGUGGACGCUUCAGAGAGGAAGUUGGGGAAGCCGUAAGAGGGGCACGGAUGCCGUUCCACUUUGUUCUCGUGGCUUCCGUCUGGCCUGCCAUGCACCAGCUCGACUACAUCACGAUGAGCGAG